CUCUCGCAGAGUAAGCUGCACAUGGAGGGGUUCCGCAGCCUGAAGGAGGGCGAGGCAGUGGAGUUCACCUUCAAGAAGUCUGCCAAGGGGCUGGAGUCGCUGAGAGUGAUGGGGCCCGCCGGGGCCUUCUGCGUGGGCAGCGAGAGACGCCCCAAGGGCAAGAGCGUCCAGAAGCGCCGCUCCAAAGGAGACAGGUGCUAUAACUGCGGUGGGCUGGAUCACCAUGCGAAGGAGUGCAAGCUCCCCCCGCAGCCCAAGAAGUGCCACUUCUGCCAGAGCAUCACCCACAUGGUGGCCAACUGUCCAAUCAAAGCACAACAAUCAUCGCCCAGCUCUCAGGGAAAGCCCACCUCCGUGAAGGGGGAGGAGGAAGAGCAAAGCCAAGCCCCCCUGCUGCCGGAGAGCUCAGAGUAACGUGAUGACAUCACAGUGGGGCAGGGGGCAGCUCGGAGUAGGAUAAACAGUUUCUCACGGGACCCAGAAAGGAUCAACUUCAGAGACAAUAACCUAUUGAUCUUUUUAGCUGCUUAUGGAACUACCUCAGGUUUGAAAAUAACAGCUGUUUUAGGUGCUGUUUUAAGGUGUAACAGUCAGUAUAAGGUUUUCUUC